CAGUCGAUGGUUCCCCAAUAAGAUGGACAAUAUCAGCUGUAGAGAUGGGGAAAGUGGGCGUGUAGAGUGAAAAUACGUACACACAAACAUGCGACAAAAUAUUGUAAGACAAGUACGCAUGUUACAUGUUAAUAAUAGGAAUGCAUCCAAGAACAUUUGAAUCCAGCCAUCAAAAGUGAAAGUUCCCAUUACGUGUUUCUGUGCCCAUCAAGUGCUGUCAGUAUAAAAUUAGGCUAAAAAUGUGUUUGAGUGUUAUUCCAAUACCGAGUGUUAAAUACUGAAUAACAUAAUGGCAUUGAGCCUGAAUAUACUGUCGGCUGGUAGUCACCAUCAUUUAAGUCGGGUUUUCGCGAACCUCUGUGUGAUUCAUGGACAUUUCUGUUUAAAACGGAAGAAACCCGUUUGUUCAUGUUCAUUUUUGUUCAAAAAGGAAGAAACGUGCUUGUUCACAUUCAUUUUGCCUGUGUAAUUAAAAUCAGUCUCACCUCUCAUAAUGAAUAUUAUGCGCAAAUUCCGUGUAGGAGGGGCGUCAGCCCCAACCGCUUUACAGGAUGAAGCUAACUCAAAUCCUCAACACACUGCUUUAGGACUCAUGCACCUCAAGAAGUUAUUUUCUGAAUAUACUCAUCCAUCCCACCCACUCAGUGAAAAAGAACGUGAUGACAAGCUGUAUAACAUGUUGCCUCUCUUCUGCAAGGUAUUUGGAAACAGCCCAUCAUCGGAUAUGAUGGAGAAGUUCCGUGACAUUGUAGCGUUCUGCCAGCAAGUGUCGCGUCUCAUGGUAUCAGAGAUACGUCGACGGGCCUCCAACCAAUCAACCGAAGCUGCCAGUUGUGCCAUUGUUAAGUUUCUUGAGAUUGAGAACUCAGAAGAAUCUAGCAAUGGAUGGAUGCUGCUUUCUACGCUGAACCUUCUUGCAGCUGGCAAUGUAUCAUUGGUCGAAGUCAUGACAUCGGUGUCAGUACCGUCAACACUCGUCAAGUGUCUGUAUCUGUUCUUUGACUUGCCAGAAAUAGAGAAUCCUGAUACAGCAGAAAAUGGCAGUGAGUUUACACCACGGGAAAGGAGAAUAUUACUUCAGAAGAUCUUCGUGCAGGUGCUGGUACGACUGUGCAGCCACGCUGCUCCUGCAGAAGAACUGGCACGUAAAGAUGACCUCACAUUGCUGUUCUCUGCCAUCACAAGUUGGUGUCCGCAAUACAAUGUGAUGUGGAGAAAGAGCGCAGCUGAGGUCCUCAUGACACUCUCACGCCAUGGCCUUACACAGCCUGUUGUCAGCUACAUCCACAACAAAGGAUGUGUCGCUCUAUGCAUUGACAACAUGCAACGAGUUCAAGAGCUGUCCCCCCUCGAGAUUGUCGAGAUGUUUGUCGCAGUUUUUUGCUUCUUAAAAGACUCGAGUGAAGUUGCACAGACAUUACUUGAUGAUUUCCGCUCCUGCCAGGGGUACCCCUUCCUGUCAGAAUUUUUACUGAAGUUGGAACAGGAUUCAUCAGCAGAAUCACAAGAGGCCAUCAGAAACCUAGUGCUCAUGGUGGCUUCCCUCACAAUGUGUGGAUACAAACAGCUGAGGCCUAGCCAGGCCAGCAUGGGCUCGUUGUUCCAGAUGCUUGGUUUCGCACUGCCUGAGCCAUCAGGACGGGGUGCAAGUGUAUGCAAUAUCCAAGCAUUCCAAGUCUUGCAAUCAGUUUUCUUGAAGUCAAACUCGGCAGCGCUGUGCUGCAUCAUUCUGGAUGCCAUUUCAAGCGUGUACCAUUCGGACAAUGCAAACUACUUCAUUCUGGAGGGGCAGCAUACACUGUCACAGUUUACCGAGAGGAUUCAUCUCAAGCCCCAAGAGAUACAGGGGAAAUUCUUCCAACUGCUGGAAUUCAUUGUGUUCCAGCUAAACUUUGUUCCUUGCAAAGAACUCAUCUCGUUGUCAAUUCUGCUCAAAGGUCAGACGUCUGUCAGCUGCAGUAUCACAUGCAUGCAAAGUCUGCUGAACAUUCUGAGACACAACGCCAUUUUCAAGGAUGUAUACCGGGAAGUCGGUAUUUUAGAAGUGUUUGUUACGUGUCUGCAUCGAUAUGCAGCACUGUUAAAGGAGAAGAAACAAGCUCAAGAUCAAGGAAAGGAAUAUGAGAUUCCCUCAAUGAGCGAGAUGCUAGGCAUGUUGGUCAUGGAAGCCCUCACACUGUUGCUCAGUGGGAAUGCCAGCAAUGCAAAUGUGUUCAGGGAGUGUGGUGGAGCACGAUGUGCCCACAACCUUGUACCCUACCCAGAAUGUCGGCAACAAGUCUUAGGAAUUGUGCGAGAACUCGUGCUGAGUACUGGUGGAGAUGAUGACAUGGGCACGCUGCUUGGAAUGAUGCAUUCAGCACCACCUUCUGCGCUACAACUCAAAGCACACAUUCUCAAGUCAUUGUUGAUGUGUCUGCGUGAGAGCCACAGGACACGAACAGUGUUUCGGAAGGUUGGUGGUUUUGUUUAUGUGAUGAGUGUCUUGGUGUCAAUGGAAGGAUGCCUCUGUGGAGAACCUGCGCCCCCCUGGGAUGAGAUUCCAGUGUCCCAAGUGCUUCAUCUUCUCCACAUGGUGUUCAACACAGUGACAGUUGCCAUGAGAUUCGAACCAGCAAAUGCUAAGUUCUUCCAUCUGGAGAUCUGCCUGACAAGUCUGUGUGACACAUUGCGGCUCCUUGGCUGCUUUUCAAACGAGCAGUAUUUGGACGAGUGUGACGAGAUAACCGCUGCACGGGAGGAGAACACAUUCCAUAACCUCUUCACUGGUAGCAUCUUGGAACCAAGCAUUCCUAGCCACAUUCCAGUGGAGCUGUCCUAUGCUUGCAUAGUGCUUCGUCUUCUAUAUGAUGUUGCAUUGGAUGCGUAUGACAAGUCAAACCAUACGACGGUUGUGUCUUUCAAGUCUCCUACUCACAGACGACAUCAAUCUGAGAGCCACAAGCUGCUGGACUCACCUGGAGGGGGUAAACGAGCAGCAGUCAACUCCCUGAAUCUGACUCCACCUGCACCUGACCCCAUUAUUGUUCAUCCUGGUGUGGUUGUGGCCAUGCUGCACCUUUUACCAUCUAUAUGUCACGUCCAGGAAACACAGGUAUCCUUAACUCUUCAGAUGCAUGCUUCCGAGGUACUGAAAUCACUUGUUCGUUCAGAACGCAACCAGCAAGUGAUGUGUGAGGCAGGGUUGCCUGGACAGCUUCUGACCGUUGGACGGUUGGCCCUUGAAGAUGAAACCCACCCUCUUCAUCCACCAUUGCAGUACAUGUUGGAGCGACUAGCAGCACAGACGCUGGAACCCAGGGACCUGAGGGAUUUCCUUCGCCUGGGUGACCCACUGUGCUGCAUUCCAAUGGACUCGAUUGAAACAAGACCUCCCCAUCGCAAACCUGGUGGACCAGUGCCACUCACUCGAGUAAAGACGUUAGUGUCUAUGACUACUCCUAGGGAUUUCCGAGCAACACACGGAAGUGCCACCUUGCCACCUUUUGUUGAGUUUGAUAUGUCAGCUGAAGGAUUUGGCUGUCUUUACCUCCCCAGUGUUGCUCCACAGAGCCCCGCAGGUCCAAGUGUUGUGGCUGUUGGAAAUAUUGGUGCUACUGACAAUAAUGUUGUUGGUGGAAUUGGCUCAGGAGACAGAAUGUUUCCUCCGCAGACAGGACUCAGCUACUGUACCUGGAUAUGUGUGGACAAGUUCUCAGAUCCUCGGACUGACCCCCACUGUGUACGAUUGUUAACUCUGGUCAGAAAUCUACAUGGUGGGAGUGAUGAUCACCUGGUUUGCUUAGCUGUGGUUAUGUCAGCACGGGAUAAGGCCAUCAUUGUUACAACCCAGGAAACAGUUAUGCCACAUAAUAUUAGCGAAUGGGAACCUGAAACCACCAGGGAUUCUGGGGCACGGGUCUGGUGCCCAGAUCUGCUGCAAGAAGGGCAGUGGCACCAGCUGGUUCUGGUGCUCAAUAGAGCUGUUUUGAAAAAUUCAUCUUUUUCUAUCUAUGUUGAUGGCCAGCAUGUUCAUACGCAGAAGCUACAUUAUAUAUCCCAGAAUCCUGGUGGAGGAGCUGCCAAUCUUACUGUUGCGUCAUCUGUGUAUGGUUUCAUUGGCACACCCCCUGCUUGGCGUCGCUAUUCACGACUUGUUUGGAAGCAAGGACCUUGUCACCUGGUGGAGGAGGUUCUAAGCCCCCAAGUUGUGGCUACAUUGUAUCAGCUUGGUCCCCAGUAUAUGGGGAGUUUACAGGCUCCAGAACUGAAUGGCACAGAACCUUUGUCAGCUCUUGUUUCUGAGGAGAAGGUAAUCUUCGGGCUGAAUGCAAAGGCAGUAUCUCAGCUCACAUUGGCAAAGAUCCGAAAGGUAUACAGUCGGGCUGAUAACAAGGCCAUAGCCAAGCAGCUGGGAAUGUCAUCCCAUGAGAAUGCUACCCCAAUACGGAUUCUACACAACUCAGCAGGCCACUUGGGUGGUCCGGCUCGUUCGCUUGGAGGAGUUGUUAUUGGCUACCUGGGAGUACGAGUCUUCUCACCUCGACCUGUUGCGAAGAUGAUUGAAAAUGUAGGAGGAAGCUCUGUAUUGCUUGGUCUUAUUGCAAUGGCCCAAGAUGUAGAGAGUUUGUACGCUGCAGUGAAGGCUCUGGUGUGUGUGGUACGAACAAAUCGCACUGCCCAGCUGGAGAUGGACAGACGGAGAGGUUACCAGACACUUGCCAUGCUGCUGAGGAGGAAACGAACUCUUCUCAACAGCCACAUUCUACAUCUCACGUUCAGUCUCGUCGGAACAGUAGACAGUGGGAGAGAGAGCUCUUCCAUUCCAAACACCACAGCUUUCCACGAUCUGCUCUGUGAUAUUGAGGUGUGGCAUGAGGCUCCGGGUGAACUGCAGCGUUCAUUGUUUGAGCAUUUAUAUGAGCUCGUAGCUGAGUCAAGUGAAAAGAGGACCAAUCUGAAAAUAGUGCGGGACCUUGGUCUUGUACAAAGACUGCUCCUUAUUUUAGCAGAUGUGAACUGUGAACCCACCAGACAUGUCCUCGUGUCACUACUGGGGGUCUUACUUGGAGGUCAGCCAAGAGCAUCUGACUUGUUAAUGUUUGGUCAGUUUGUGGUGGCGACACUGCCAAUUUUCCCAGGUUCCAGUGAAAAGAAUCUUGCUCUGUUAGAAGCAGCUCCCAGUUCCAGUAUUUCUGCAUGUGAACAUGGAGAAGGAGGGGAAGAGAAAGGGGACAGGGAGAGUGAUUCUGCUAGCAACAUUGUACUAAGGAACCGCUGCUUGCAGCUGCUUCACUCUCUGCUGUUCACACAGCGGAACACUGUCAGUCUGGGGUUCUGUGAUGAAGUGACCCAGGUGCUGGGCCUAGAUUGGGUCCUGCUUUUCCUGCAAGGUCACCUUCACCCCACCACUGUGGUGUGGGGACUGAGGAUUCUGGUGGUCUUGUGCUCCUGUGCCCCCCUGCUCCAGAAGUUCCGAGAAGGCACAAGCAGUGGUGGAUGGCUGCGUGACACAGAACUCUUUCUUCAGAACAAGAUGGCCCUUGUUCUUGGCUACCAGUUUGGUGCAUCUGCACCCAGAACACCUGGUGGGCCAAGAGAGGUAAAGUCUGAAGCACUGCAUGUCCCAGGUUUCCAGAGACUGAACUGGCUCCUCCCACAGCACAUAGAUGUCCCUGAGGUGUACUUCCUCCUCAUGGCUCUCAUGAUGGGCCAGCCUGUGAAACUCCUACCUGCUGAUUCAUCAAAGUUGGAUCUUGACAGUGUGUGGAACUUCAUGUUUGGUGUUCCAGCUAGUCAGUCUGUGACAAGUGUGGCGGGGAGAGUCUCCCUCUGUCCAGAGGCAGUGAUUGUACUCCUGGCCAUGGUCCGUGCCAUGUUGAACCAGGAAGGAAAGAGUCCUGACAGCCUCCCCGAAUGGCUGCGAGAUUAUCCAGUUACAAUCAUCCAGUUUCUCUUCUUCCUGUACCACAAUAUGGCAGACUUUAUGCCUGUUUUCAUGGGAGGAGAUGUACUGGGUGCUCUGGCGGGCACGUUGUUUCCUCGGCAACCAGGCAGUGAAACAGGCAGCGGGUCUUCAACUCCCAGUGAUGAGGUCAAGACCUAUCCUGGCUCUGAGGGUGCAGUUCUUGUGCGAUCCCCAUCAAAAGAAGCCGGUUUGAGCAGCCACCCAGCACGCAAGUUUGUGAUGGACUUUCUGCGGGUGAUUGUAGUGGAUUCUCUGUCACUCCCUGUGUCAGGAAAGGGUCCACCAGCCAUUGACCUUGUCCUAGAAUCGUCUCCUGAUACUGCAAGUGUGUCCCAGCAUACUCGCUUCCAGACAGAAGUCCUAGGCACCCUGAUGGAGCACCUUCUUGCUGCUGAUGUGCUGAUUGGUGAACAGGCUGCUUUACCGGUAGUGCCUGGCGGAAGUCUGCAGUAUAUUGCACCUAAUGUCUGCUACCUGGCUGGACGCAUAGUGGAUAAACUAUGGCAGGGUACAUUUGCAAAGGACCCACAUGAAGUGUUUGACUUCGUAGUGAAACUGAUUUCUCAGGCUAAGCGACGACCACCGGGACAGUUCCCAUUAGAAGGUUUGUACCACUGCUUGAAUCGCACAACACUCUUCCUGCUGUCACGCUCAACAGAUAACAUAGCUGAUCAGAUGGCUGUGCUAGAGGCCCUACACAAACUCACAAAUCACCGUGGUCUUGUGUUUGGUGCUGGCAAUCAUGAGUUGGACUUUGUGGGCUGCCUCACGUACUGUCUCCUGCAGCUCACUGCUGACAUGCGCAUAAUGUUGGACACCAACAUACGCACCACCUGGCACGUCAAUCCGCAGAUGGAUGAGAGUGACGACAAACUGACAUCACAUCAGGGCCAUAACCUGAUGGCAGGAGCAGCCCGUCGUGUCUGGGAGGAACUCUAUGUUUGCAAGAAGCCGGCCAUUGAAGAAGUGUUCAAGAUCACAUUAGUGUCAGGACCCAACAAUAAAGCACCAGACUUGGCAACCGUGCGUGAACAGGUGUAUGAGUCAGCCAAUAAACUGUGGCUCAACUACGUGGAUAUGGAGAGGAAAGCUUCCUACAGAACACCAUGGGAGCUCCACAAUCAGAUUCAGUCAAAAAUCCAGAAAGUGACAGGUGGUUUAACCCGUCUGGCUAGUCGAACCAAGGUAAAGAAAGAAGAGACAAUACGCAUGCGAUACUCAAGUAUUCCACAGUGUGAAAUUGCAGCGUGGACAGCUGGUCGUGCAGCACUGGUGAAAGAUUUGGUUGAGGCACGGGCGAAACAGCACCAGCAGGCUCAGGUGUACAUGCAGCGCUACGUUUUAGAGGAAUGGUUGCAGACAGAAACAGAGCUGACCAGAGAGCGAGGACUCUGGGGUCCAACAGUGCCUUGCAGACUAGACAAAUGGAUGCUGGACAUGACAGAGGGUCCAUGUCGCAUGCGAAAAAAGAUGUGUCGCAACGAUUUGUUUUACCUGCAUUAUCCAUACAGACCAGAGCUAGACAGUGGUGACAAUAAAGCACUCAAGUACAAAGUGGCCUCCAGCUGGGAUAGCAAGGAGUUCUACCAGAAGUACCGUCCUCAGAGCUUGCUGGAGCGGGAGAGGGACUUUAUGCUUGAGAUACAGCUGCAACCAGAGGAUCCCAGUGACAAGCAGAUGGAACUGACAUAUGUAGCAGGAGACAAUGGAGAGGACAUUGGCUUGCAAAGUGUGCAGUGUGCUACAGUUCUGGAACGCCAUGGUGUACGCCGCUCUGUGUCUGAGCCUGAUGAUGCUGGUGAUGAUGCUGAUGCAGAUACAACAGGCUCUGAAGAGCCUGACAGCGCACCUGACAACCAGACCCUCAUUCGGCUGCUGGAGGAACAAGAAAAAAUCAGUCACAUGUUCCGUUGUGCUCGCAUCCAAGGCCUCGAUACUACUGAAGGAUUGCUGCUGUUUGGAAAGGAGCACUUCUAUGUGAUUGAUGGCUUCACAUUACUAAAGUCCCGUGAGAUCCGUGAUAUUGAAAGCCUGCCAAGUGGAGCCCACGAUCCCAUCCUGCCCAGCCCAGGCAGUCCUCGUAGGUCACGGGCCAUGAGGCAGUGCUCCAAGUUCAGCUAUGAGGAUAUUAGAGAAGUACACAAACGCCGAUAUCUACUACAGCCAAUGGCAUUGGAAGUCUUUUCUGGUGAUGGGCGCAAUUAUUUGUUGGCAUUUCCAAGGAAAGUUCGCAACAAAGUGUAUCAGCGGUUCAUGUCUUUCGCAACUUCCAUAGCUGACAGUGCACAGCAGUCUGUGGCUGGACAGAAGAGGACAGCCAAUGUGGAGCAAGGAGCAGGCCUGCUUUCCAGUUUGAUAGGUGAAACGUCGGUGACACAGCGCUGGGUACGUGGUGAAAUAUCCAACUUCCAGUAUCUGAUGCACCUCAACACUCUGGCAGGCCGUUCAUACAAUGAUCUCAUGCAGUACCCAGUUUUCCCAUGGAUUCUGGCUGAUUAUGAAACAGAAGAACUAGAUCUUUCACACCCUGCUACUUUCCGGGAUUUCUCCCGCCCUAUGGGUGCCCAGAGCCCAGAAAGGCUUGAACAGUUCAAGAAAAGGUACAAAGAAUGGGAUGACCCCCAUGGUGAAACUCCCCCAUAUCAUUAUGGUACACAUUAUUCAUCAGCCAUGAUUGUGUGUUCAUAUUUGGUUCGAAUGGAACCAUUCACACAGCAUUUCCUCCGUCUUCAGGGAGGUCAUUUUGACCUUGCUGACCGGAUGUUUAACUCUGUAAGAGAGGCUUGGCUGUCUGCAUCGAAACAUAACAUGGCGGAUGUUAAGGAACUAAUUCCAGAGUUCUUCUACCUUCCAGAGUUCCUAUGCAAUUCCAACAAUUUUGAUCUUGGCUGUAAACAGAAUGGUGUUCAACUUGGUGACAUAGUGUUACCACCUUGGGCUAAAGAAGAUCCUCGUGAGUUCAUCCGCAUGCAUCGGCUGGCCUUGGAAUGUGACUUCGUGUCACAACAUCUGCAUGAGUGGAUAGAUCUCAUCUUUGGCUACAAACAGUAUGGACAAGCAGCCAUUGAGGCUGUUAACGUUUUCCACCACCUCUUCUAUGAAGGCAAUGUGGAUAUUUACAGCAUUGAUGAUCCUUUAAAGAAGAAUGCUACAAUUGGUUUUAUCAACAAUUUUGGACAAAUUCCAAAACAAUUAUUCAAGAAACCUCACCCAGCAAAGAAAAUCAGUCACCGCACAUCUGUGAUUGAUCCAGGGCCAAUCACUCCAGGUCUUAGCUUUACAACUGGAGACCGACUCUUCUUCCACAAUCUUGAUAACCUUCGUCCUUCACUGCAGCCUAUCAAAGAGUUGAAAGGACCGGUUGGUCAGAUUCUGCAUUCAGACAAGAACAUCCUCGCAGUGGAGCAGAACAAAGUGCUGGUACCACCAUCAUACAACAAGUAUGUCGCAUGGGGAUUUGCUGACCACAGUCUGCGUGUUGGCAACUAUGACAGUGACAAAGCAGUCUUUGUUUGUGAAGCCAUGAUGCAAAGCAAUGGCGAGAUUGUGGCUUGUGUGUGUCCUUCAUCAAAGCUCAUUGUUACAGCUGGGACAAGCUCAGUGGUGACUGUGUGGGAAUAUGCCCACAAGCAGCUGAGUAUCAAGCAAUGCCUCUAUGGCCACACAGAUGCAGUGACUUGCCUUACUGUGAGCCCUGUGUACAAUGUUAUAGUGUCAGGAUGCCGUGACACAACAGCCAUCAUCUGGGAUCUUUCACGACGUAUAUUUGUACGUCAGCUUCAGGGACAUGUGGCCCCAGUAGCUGCUGUGGCAAUCAAUGAGCUUACUGGUGACAUUGCAACUUGUGCUGGAACAUGGUUGCAUGUGUGGAGCAUUAAUGGAGUGGAACUUGCAAGUGUAAACACAUGUGUGGGGAGGGCAGAUCGAAUGCAACAGAUUCUGUGUGUUGCGUUCUCCCAAACACAUGAGUGGGACUCGCAGAAUGUUGUGAUGACAGGCUCCACAGAUGGAGUAGUCCGGAUGUGGUCAGUGGAUUAUGUUCAAGUCCCAAAAGAAGACAAAUUAGGAACGAGCCAUGAUGAAAGUGAGGAGAAUGGGGAGGCAGCAGCUUUGAGCAGGAAAGCAAUAUCUAGUCAACCAGGUGGGAACGCAGCAUCUGAAGCUGAUUCAGCUCAACGAACCAAACAGCAGAGGGUGGCUGACCUCGUCAAACAGAUGAGCAUGUCAGCAGAGUUCUCCACAAAUGAUUCAGGACUUCUGAAUAAGAGUGGCUCAGAGAGCAGUCUAUCAGAAGAAGAUGAAUUGAAACAAGGGGACAGUGGAAGUAAAGAGGCACAGACGCAGGGAGAGGAGAAAGAAUCAUGCAGUGAUGAAGAAAAAAAGAGUAAAGAAAAUACUGAUGCUGAAGGGGAACAAUCUACAAAUACAGAAAGCAUAGAGACAGUGGCCAGUUGUGAACAACUGCACCAUGCUGGGAAGGGUGACCUUCAUCGCCAACAAGCAGUCAGAGUGUCUAGUACCGAAACCCAGGAUUCCCCUCAGCAGAGUCCUGUGAUAAUGCGUCGCAAGUCUUCUGCACGAGCCAACCCUGCUUUCAGAAAGAGUGAAGGCAGCCGGCUUCUGGUUGGGUCAGUGGAAGGUCAUCAGCGUAGUCGGGCCGAGAGCGAAGGUGGACAAGGGACUGGAAGCAUUGAGAGUGAUGGGGUCUGUGCAGGGGCAGUGCAGGAAGAUGGCACUGGGGGCAGAAUGAGGCCUAGUAAGAGUGAUACAAGCCUCACAGAUUCAUUUGUGAUGGUCGGAGAAAGUGAUGUGAGUGACAUGCCCUCCAUGUUGAAAAAGGAUGAGGGACAACGGAGAAGACGGAAUCCACAAAACAUACUCAGGGAAGGCUUCAAGUGGCAGCGUCAGCUGGUCUUUCGUAGCAAGCUGACCAUGCAUACAGCAUAUGAUCGGAAGGAUAAUGCAGAACCAGCCUCCAUAACAGCUCUAGCUGUGUCCAAAGACCAUCGUACAGUAUAUGUUGGAGAUACACGGGGGCGUGUGUUUUCAUGGAGUGUAUCUGAUCAACCAGGCCGAGCCGUUGCUGACCACUGGCUCAAGGAUGAGGGUGCAGAUACAUGUGUAGACUGUGGGGUGCGCUUCACCCUUUAUGAGAGACGACAUCACUGCCGAAAUUGUGGUCAAGUUUUCUGUUCAAAGUGCAGUCGCUUUGAGUCAGAAAUCUCUCGCUUGCGCAUCCUGAAGCCAGUCCGUGUCUGUCAGGGAUGCUAUGCCAUUCUAAAGACGCAACACCACCCUGGUGACUUUACGGGAACAUAGUCCAGUCCAGUAAGCAAUAUUUCCCCCACUGUAUUUAUUGUGUAUAUGCACAGGCGUGUGGUGUGUUUGUUUUCUACAAGUGCAGUGUUGGUAGAUUUAUCUCAACCAAGUCAUCUAAAGUUUUUAUUUUCCUUUUAUGAAGGAAGGACUUUUGAGAAAGAGAUGUAUAUGAUCACAUAUUGUUAUAGAUACUUUACUUUUGAUCUGAAAUUUGUGUCAGGCAUAUGUGAACUGCUUACAUUGUUACAGUCAGUCUGUAUGUGCAGGAAUCAGGCUGUCAGAGAGACCAUAUUACUAACCCAAAUGAUAGAUGUAUAGAAGUAAUUAUGAAAAAGGGUUCAUGUAGCAGCAUACUUUAUAUUUAUUCUCAUGAGUUAAUCAUAAGCAAAUGGAAUAUAAGUAACUGAAAACUCCCUGGUGCUGGAUAGUUCCAAGGAGUAGGAAGUAAUUUGUUAUAGAACCCAAAAGUUCUCUCUCACUACAUAAGAUUGUGCAUUGUCUCUAGUCUACAUCAGUUCAUUUCUUCGAUAUACUUUUUAAUAAUCUCCUCUCUUUGCCUUGCUGUCCAUCGCAGUCUCUUUUUGCAAGGUUCUUUAAAAUUAUGUUUGUGUAUGUGGAUCUGACACUUUGAAAAUCAUAUAAUUUUUUACUUUUUAAUAUAACAUGAGAACUUCGUUUUUCAGGAAAUUCCUCUUACAGCAUAUGGUCUGUGUUAUGUUCUUGUACUUCUGAAAUGAGCAAGAACAUCUACUGUAAUUCUGAAGAGUAUUAUUAUCAAAAUUUGUUAAAUUUAUGUUUAAUUUGUAGCUUUCAGUCAGUUUAUAAUCUGUGAAUUUCCUUUCACCACAUAAUCCAUCAGAAAAUCUAUAUGGGAAAGUCACAGGGAAGAGAGGUUGGUGUUUGACUGAACACUCACCAAAUUUUGCACAGAAAUUGAACUUCAUUAGUUAUGUGAAGUAUUGUACCAGCUUGUUAAAACAAAACAGUUUUGAUCCUUGUAGUAGUGCAAAGUAAGUUGAAACAAAUGUCAAAACUUAUUGUCAUUAAGGAAAAUAGGACUGAAUAUUGUGAUGGCUCUUUGAGUGCAUGCAGUGAUCUGAUGAUUCACUGUAACAUUUUGUUUAUUAACACCAAGAUCCUGUACAUACCAUAUAAAUUCCCAGAAACCCUGUGCUGGAGGGAUGCUGGAAUGUUAGGGAGGUACAGAAAGAAAUUGUAACUCUGUUUCUGUUAGAUGUAAAUAUGAAUUUGUCAUCUGUAUAUGAAAUGAUCACACUGACAGUAAAAGAUAGGUUACUUAUGCAAGUUUUGAGGCUCUCAUUACAGUCAAUAUGGAGAAUGUGAGGCCUUGUGGUCUGAUAGGUGUUUGCUGUCAUUUUGAAGAAACUUUUUGCCACCAUCUUGAGAGGCAGAGAUUAUGUCAGGUGUGCAGGGGACAUCAGUGCUGUAAAUGUUUCAUCUCUACCUUGAUUCCACUGGUCACAGGUACACAUAAUGACACUUGAUACUUGUAACAAAUAUUUUUAGUUCACCUUCAGAAGUUAUUAAUAAAAAUAAUUUAUAGUUGAGUGGUAAUUUUCAAAAGACACUCUUCUGAACAGUAUCAAGGUGAUGAAAACAAUUUCUUGCUCAUGAAUGAAAACCAAAACGCAUGUGAAAUAAAUUAAUUCAAAGUUUGUUUCAAGAUGGCAGAUCCUUAUUUUAUCAUUAGCUAAUGAACUUUGCAGGAACCUGGGCUGUUACCCAGUGAAAAGUUAAUUUCAGUAAUGCACAUAGUUCUUUUUGUAUAAAUUUACAAAUAUCAGGUUGGUAAUAUUAUUACCUGUGGUGUUCUGGUAUUACUGCCAAAUGGGAGGAGUUAGAAGAAGCAGAGCAUGCCACUUGGCUGUGAACAGAUUCCUGAUAUCGAAGAAAUGUGAAGGUCACAAUGAUUGCAAGGCAGAAGGUCAUAGAAUAGCUACAGAUAUCAAGGAACAGUUAUCCUUGCCUUACUGCUAUUAGAACAUAUGAGGACUAAAUGAUUGUGUGAGUUAACGCAAGGUUCUUAGCCUUCUAAGGGUAGAAUUAUCCUGAAAUGAUGGAUUUUGAAAAGACAUAUGAGUACUGUUUUAAUUUUGUUGCUUCUUGUAAUAAGAUCCAACCAAAAAUGCAGUGAGGUUUUCCUGUCAAAAUUUCAUGUCUUUUUCUUAUUUUCUCUGGGUCCUCUGUCUGAAUUUUAAUAUUUUUUUAUGUAUUUACAUCCUGAUGCAUCCAAAAGCAUCAUCAUCACACAAUGGUUAUGAAAAUGUUCAUAUUAUCAGUAUCCAAACGAUUUUAUGCAACUUAAAACUUGGGCUCAGUGUUUCAGCAAAGUAUCUUAAACAUACAGAGAAGCUAUUGAAGGCUGUAAAACAGGACCAGAAAACAUAAAAUUAGUUCGGCAGCUGAGUGUGUAUUGUCAGAAAUUAAUAGAAUACAUAUAGAAUUUUUUAAUUUUCCUUCUGUGAUCACUUGAAAUACUCUAUAGAAAAGAUCUGAACUAAUUAUGCAGGAUUUUUAGACAAACUAGUGUCAUCAAAAUGAAGAGUGACUUUUUAGAUAUUUGAAGUAGUGAUUUCUUCAAAUAAGGGAAUAAAUUUUAGACUAGAAUCCUAGCGGUAACAAUCCAGUUAGCAAUGAUGAAAUGCUUUGUUUCAUUAGCUAACUAUGAACUUUGAGAUUUAACUUAUUUGUACUGCUUUUGAAAUAUCUGUAGAUAUGUGUAUGUGUGUGUCUGUGUGCGCAUGUGUGCGUGAUGCUGUGUGGUGUACUUCUAUGGUAAUAGGGUAUGCAUUUAAUUUGAACCCCUGUUUCCUGACAAAAAUACGAUAGAGAACAAAAAUUACACGUAAAUGAAUAUAUACAAUCAGUUAGGUGUUUACGUUAAUAAGAGUCCUGUGUGGGUUCUAAAGAGUUUCCAUUUAUAUGUCACAAGACUAACUGUGGUGGAACAGUAGAGAGGAGACAGACUGCUAUAUAGAUGGUUGUGUCAUGCAGGUAACCCAGUGUCUUAACCUUCUAACCAACUAUAGGAUAUUCACUAUAGCAGACAGAUCUUUAAUAAUAUUUGAUGCUAGAAGUUGACAGAAUUUAAUAGACCUUUUUCUUUUGAUGCCACUCUUUGUUAAAAUUGCCAUAAUUUUAUAAUAGUUUAAGAUAUUGAAAUUCAACAAAAGGAAUGUAAAGGUUUAUGAACCCUUAAGCUUUUGCAUGUUUUACAAUAUUUAACAGUUAUGUGAAAUUUAAGUUUCAGAAAAUGUGAAAUAUAUAGUGGAAAUGAAUGGAUUAUAAAGAUGUUUUACCUCUAUGGACUUUGAACUGGCAACAUGGCAGUGAUGGAAUACAUUGCAGCUUAUUUUGGACAAGUUUGUUUGUUUCAGUUGCUGUAUUCUGAAUUCAUCUUAAUUGACAAGACACAAAUAUCCACUUCAAAUACACAUCUGCUUGAAUCAUAGUUUAUCACGCAAACUUCUGGACUAAAAGUAUUAUACAUCAAAAUGCUCCAAAGCAUUUUACACAAAUGUUCAGUAGUUCAGCUUGUGGUACAGUUUGAGACAUUAGUAAACAGAAUCAUAUAUCACAUUCUUCACUCUAGUGAAGUUAUAUUGAGAUUUUUCCUGAAUCGGAAUGGAGAGGACAUCUUUGAGAGCAACUCAUGAUAGAAGAGUGAAUUUUUCUUUUCACCUUCAGCUUUCUCAUUGCUUUUCGAAGCAUAGGGGUGACCUGUAAUAGCAUUCACACUUUGUUUCUCUAGAUAACAUUAUAUGUCAUGUAUAUACCCUUGCUGUCACAAAGCUUAUACAGUUUUAUUCCAAGUCUGUUUUGCUUUUCUUGAAACAAACUGCAGAAAACUCCACUCUUCCCAUGAAUUUCACAAUUCAUCCAGUGCCAAGUUCUUGAUAACGUAAUACAAAAUGGAAUAAACAUUAUUCAUUACUGAGAUAUUCAAAAACAUCUCUAAGCUCACAUGCAUUGUCAUAAUUUGAGCUUGUUAUAUCUGCUGGAUGUUCAUUAGUUUUGAAAUGAAGAAAACUCAUUAUGAAUAGAAAUCAGUAAUGUUCAUGACUUUUGAGUAGAAUGGAAUAUAGUACAGUUUGUUAGCAGACCAGUAUGCCAGUGUGGUGUUUCAGUCAUCAUGACCCAUGGGAAUUAUCAGAAUAUUGUAUAUAAAUAUAUUGUUGCAUUAAUGCAUCUUUUGUACACACACAUUUCCGUUAAAAUAAUAAAUACUCUGAAGCAAAUAUCUUUUAAAUGAAUGGAUGGUGACCAUAAUGGAAAUAACAUUAAGAUGUUAAUUCGUUUUAAUUAGGAAAUACCACGUUUUACAUUAUAUAUAACUUUGACAUACAGUGCCACAAUUUUAGCAAGAACAUAAGGCUUUACGUAGCACGUAAAAGAACCUCAUAUCUCCAAAGGAGGACACUGAGCCAAAUUACGGACGUUUCCCGCCCAACAGCAGUC